GAAAAAGAGAGAGUUGCAAAUUAAAUUAGCAAUUUGGGUGAUAAUUUAAGGAGGGCAAGAAGGGAUAAUUAAAAGUGGUAACAAAAUCGGAUCACAAGCAAAAUCAAAUCCUGAAAUUUAUCAUUUUAGUUAAAGUCAAAUUCUUUGAAUUUACAAAAUAAAAAAAAAUCCUGUUUUUAUAAAUAUUAUCCUUUUACCAAGGCUGUCUCUAUAAAUAGCAGCAACAUCCUCAGCUAUUGUGCGUGUCUCUUUCUCUUGUAAUCCCAGGAGUCCGAUUUUCAUUUGUUAGCUUCAAUAAGAUGAAAGGUGGGAGGAUACUGCUGCUUCUUGUUUGCUCGAGUGUAAUCACUUUAGGAGUGUUUGCUGCUGGUCCACCAACAUGCCCUGCUGAUCUUGGUGGAAAAUGCAGUGAUUCUGAAGAAUGGGAAGGGGAGUUCUUCCCUGGCAUUCCCAAAAUUAAGUACGAGGGACCUUCUAGCAAGAAUCCACUAGCAUUCAAAUGGUAUAAUGCGGAAGAAGAGAUUCUUGGGAAGAAAAUGAAGGAUUGGAUGAGAUUCAGUAUUGCAUUUUGGCACACAUUCCGUGGAACAGGAGGUGACCCCUUUGGUGCGCCUACCAAGUAUUGGCCUUGGGAAGAUGGAACCAAUUCUUUGGCUAUGGCCAAAAGGAGAAUGAGAGCUAAUUUUGAGUUCUUGGAGAAGAUUGGAGUUGAUAGGUGGUGUUUCCAUGAUAGGGAUAUAGCUCCUGAUGGUGAAACUCUGGAGGAAAGUAAUAAAAACUUGGAUGAAGUAGUGGCCCUUGCUAAAGAACUUCAGGAAACCAACAUCCGUCCUUUGUGGGGUACAGCACAAUUGUUUAUGCAUCCUCGUUACAUGCAUGGUGGUGCUACUAGUUCUGAGUUAGGCGUGUAUGCAUAUGCUGCAGCUCAAGUGAAGAAAGCAAUGGAGGUCACACAUUACUUGGGUGGAGAAAAUUACGUCUUUUGGGGUGGUCGAGAGGGUUACCAGAGUCUUUUAAACACAGAUAUGGAAAGAGAGCUUGAUCAUUUGGCAAGGUUUUGCGAAGCUGCUGUUGCCUACAAGAAGAAGAUUGGAUUCAAUGGAACUCUGCUUAUUGAGCCCAAGCCUCAAGAACCUACCAAACACCAGUACGACUGGGAUGCUGCUACUACAGCUAAUUUCUUGCGGAAAUAUGGCCUAAUAGGGGAAUUCAAGCUAAACAUAGAGUGCAACCAUGCCACUCUUUCAGGUCACAGCUGUCAUCAUGAGCUUGAAACUGCAAGAAUUAAUGGUUUACUGGGAAAUAUUGAUGCGAACACUGGAGACCCUCAGAUUGGAUGGGAUACAGAUCAGUUCAUGACUGAUAUUUCAGAGGCAACUAUGGUUAUGCUUAGUGUGAUAAGAAACGGAGGAUUAGCACCAGGAGGAUUCAAUUUCGAUGCAAAACUGCGAAGAGAGAGUACAGAAGUUGAGGACAUAUUCCUUGCUCAUAUUAGUGGAAUGGAUACCCUGGCUCGUGGACUCCGAAGUGCUGCCAAGUUGAUUCAGGAUGGUUCAUUGGCUGAGCUUGUUCGCAAACGCUAUCAGAGUUUUGAUACAGAAAUCGGGGCGCAAGUAGAGGCUGGUAAGGGAGAUUUUGAAACGCUUGAGAAGCUGGCCAUGAAAUGGGGUGAACCCAAGGUUCCAUCUGCUAAGCAGGAACUUGCUGAGAUGAUUUUCCAGUCUGCACUGUAGAAAAUGGCACGUAGACAGA